UAGAUUGUCAAAUUGUUUGAAAAUAAUUUUCAAUCAAAAUCGUUCUCUUGAACCGAGUUGUAUAUUAAAUAGAUUCUUUCUUUUUAUUUUCGUUGUUUUAUUAAUCUAAAAAAGUUUGCCAUGGAAUCAAGAGACGGUUUUGGGCUACGUUCUUGCGACUUGCUUUGAUCUCCUGAGCUGUGAGGUUUACUUAUUUUCCAAUGGAUCACUUCUUUUGCUGUUUCUCUCAAUGUGUUUGCAUCAUGAUGCAUUUUCUCAAAUGUUUCAACGUAAAGUGUCCGCGUUGACACUUCCCGGUGAACAUCAAAAUUAUCACCGAAUCCUCUGCGAAAUCAUUCGUUUGCAUGUCCGUACCAAAGAAUGGUUUCUGCAAACAGCUGACAUUUAUCGCCAUUUUGUUCUAAUCCAAUUGUUUGGUAGCGUAAUGUUUUUAACUUGCGCCGUUUUUCAAUUGGAUUUGCAAUUUAAGCAUCCUGAUGGAGGACUAGGUUUUCUACUCUGUUGUGUCGCGGUCAGCAUGUCGAAUCUCUUCGUAUAUUGCUACUUUGGCAAAGUGGCCACUGAAAGCUAUACAAAAAUACCAAAUUAUUUGUAUGACGCCAACUGGCAACAAGUGCCCGUCAAUUUGCAAAAAUAUAUCAUCGUUAUGAUCGCGAACGGACAGCGACCACUGUAUUAUCAUGGAUUUGGAAUAGCUGUUUUAAACUUGGAGACUUUUUGUGCGCUACUCAGAGCUGUUGGCACUUAUUUUAUGGCUUUUAAAACGCUCACCGAAUGAACGCAGCUCACAUAAUUGAUCCGACUGUAUUUUUCGAAAUUUUAACCUAACGUUUUGUGCACAUUCAAUGUUUUGAUGUCUAUUAUGUACGACACAAUUUUGAAUAAAUGUUUAGCACUUUACACUUGCAAUAUCCUAAAUA